GUGUACGGAGCUUCCCACCAAAUGAAGAUCCACCGCGUUUUAACAUUAUUGUUCCUAAUUCUGCCUGCCCUUUCGCAUGCAGAAAAUUACGCCCUUGAGGCAUACAAAUGGCAACGUUUGUGGUACGAUAAUCCGCAUGGAAAUGUGAAUCAAAAUAGUUUACUACCAACAAGUGCAGUUUACUACCCCGAACGUGGAUACCUCUUCAUUGGGAUUAAGAGAGAUUGCCAAGGAAUUCCGGCUACACUCAAUGUUAUCGACGUGAAGAAGCACAGACCGGGCUCCAGUCCACCAUUAACACCCUACCCAAAUUAUGAGCUCAAUGAAAUUCCUAUUUAUCCAACAAAUCAACAUUUUACCAGAAGUUUGCCUGAAAGUGAAUUUGGUGAGAGUGUACAAGCUACAAAUGUAGAAACUAAAUGGCUACCACGACCUGGAACCCAUGCAGUAUCAAUUUCCGGUUCAGCCACAUCAUCCACAACUUCUUCACAUUCAACUUCAGCUUCAUCCAGUGCUUCUUCUUCAUCCAAUUCAUCAUCAUCAAAUUCAUCAAACAGCUCAAGUCAUUCGAAUCAAUCUCAAUCAAAUCAAUCUCAGUCAAAUCAAAGCGCUGGGCAGUCAUCUCAAUCAAAUCAAGGAAAUCAAGCUGGAGGAUCUGCUGCACAGGGUAGUCCAUCAGCUUCUCACAGUGCACCACAAACUCCAACGGGACAAUUUCCUCCUGUUGGUGGGUAUCCACAGCAGCAACCUGGGCAAUAUCCGCAGCAACCAGGACAGCAUGCUCAGCAGCCAGUACAAAACAUUGGGCAAUAUCCUCAACAACCGGGACAGUAUCCGCAAGUUCCUGGACAAUAUCCACAACAGCCAGGACAGAAUCCUCAGCAGCCUGGAAAUUAUCCACAGCAGCCAGGGCAAUAUCCACAGCAGCCAGGGCAGCAUUCACAGCAGCCAGGUCAAUAUCCCCAACAACCGGUACAGAAUCCUCAGCUGCCUGGUCAAUACCCACAGCAGCCAGGACAGCAUUCACAACAACCUGGAAAUUAUCCACAGCAACCAGGAUUGAAUCCUGGACAGCAUCCUCAACAACCUGGGCAAUAUCCUCAACAGCCAGGUCAACAUGCACAACAACCAGGGCAGCACCCUCAACAACCUGGGCAGUAUCCUCAACAAUCUGGAAAUUAUCCACAGCAGCCAGGACACGUACAACACCCAGGACAGCACCCUCAGCAACCAGGACAAUAUCCUGCAACUGGACCACAACAACCUGGUCAUUAUCCUGUAACAGGACCUCAACAACCAGGACAGUAUCCACAGCCACCCGGACAUGUGCAACAACCAGGGCAGCGUCCUCAACAGCCUGGCCAGUAUCCCGCUACAGGACCUCAACAACCUGGGCAAUAUCCAUCAACUGGUUCACAUCAACCUGGUCAAUAUCCAACGGGCGGUUCAAAUCAAUUCGGUCAAUAUCCUGGAACAGGACAAUACCCUACUGGUCAGUAUCCUGGGCAAUUUCCAUCAACUGCACCACAAAACCCCGGUCAAUUUCCAACACCUGGCCAUCAACCUGGACAAUAUCCUCAAACAGGGCAAUCUAAUCCAUUCUUCCCACCCACAAAUCAACAAAACGUUUCCCCUAAUCAGCCCUAUAAACCACCCUACAAACCAUUCAGCCCGCCAAUAAACACCGGAAAUUGGAAUCAACCAACACACCAAAAUCAAUGGCCACAGAAUUAUCCUGGAUCUUCAAAUUCAAAUAAUUAUCCCAUAUCUGAGACGGGUAAUCAGAGACCUGAUCAUCUGACGGGAUCCUACCCCAGUCAGGGGCCAAGUAAUGUCCCAAGUGGACCUAUUGGACCAAGUGGCCCAAGCAUCCCAAGUGGCCCAAGUGCUCCUACAGGUCAAAGAACAAAAUCUCUCAUUUCUGUGAGUGCCAUGGUUAUAGAUAAGUGCGACAGGCUCUGGCUGCUGGAUUCCGGUGUUGUGAGGCAUGAAAACAAGAGAUCAGUCAUCUACCGUCCAUCCCUGUGGAUCUUUGAUUUAACUUUCGGAGAAAGGCUCGGGGAUUAUCGAUUUAUCCGUCGUGUUGAAUUUCCCAGAGAAAUUGUUGAAACUGGCGAAGGAUUGGGUAGUAUAACUGUUGAUGUGCGCGAUAGAUCUUCAUGUGAUUCAGCCACAGCUUACUUCACGAACUUCCUGGACAAUACAAUUGGAGUUUAUUCUUUCCAAAAGGCAGAUGCAUGGAUUUUCCAGCAUUACUCAUUUAAGCCUGAUAACCAGGAGAGUCAAUUCUCAUUUGAUGGAUCAUCCUACACAGCGCAUCAUGGAAUAGAUUCAAUUUCAGUAGGAUGGCGUGAGAGUCAGGGCUACAGCACAGUAUUCUAUCAAUCAUUCUCAAGUUCGGGGCUCUAUGCAACAUCAACAGGAGUUCUCCUCAAUAAGAGUCUCGCACCGAAGAACUAUAACAGGCAUGAUUUCAAAUUUGUGGGAUAUCGUGGAUGCAAUUCGCGAUCACCAGCAUUAAUCUUUGAUCAUCGGUAUGGAGUGAUUUUCUUUGCAAAUGUUCAGUCUAAAUCCAUUAAAUGCUGGAAUGUUAAGAAGUCACUUCAUCCUGAGAAUAUUGGAUCGAUUCCUGUGACUCACGACAACAACAACCAGAAAAGUUUGAGCAUCGAUAGCCGUGGUGAUCUCUGGUUGAUCAGCAAUGGACGCUUGCAAUGCAACAAUGCGCCAAUUCAAGGAGAUCGCUCAUAUUCAACGUGGAUCUACCGAAUCAACAUUCUCGAUGCAAUUCGAGGGACUGUUUGUGACUCAACAGGCUUCACGAAAACCAUCUACGACGACGAAGGAAAUCAAUAUAUUGGUGAUGAUCCAAUUGAGGAUGAAGAUUUUUACAAAAACCACCUAAUUGACUACUUGACACAACAUUGGGAUGAGGAAGGCAGUGAGAAACAAAUAGAAGUCAUCCCCGAAGAUCUCAUUGAGACUGCCAGAGAACACACUGAAGAGUUGAAGGAGGAAGAAGUAGAAGAAGCCAGGGAGAUUAAAAUAAGAAAAGUGAAUCACUAAAAUUAUUCGUUUGCUGAAGAAGAAUUUGAAUAAAUCUGAAAGCAUGCAAGUUGUGGCUUUUUUGGGUAGACCAAUAAACAUUCUAUUUUAUCUCUUA